AUGGAUUCUAGUAAUCCAUUUAGUCAGACAUCCAAUUUUGUUGAUCUGUUGAACAGUCAACAAAAUACUGACUUUCCUGAAACCUAUCCGUAUGCAAGUUUUUCACAUGGAUCAUCACAACUCCCUAGGCAAACUUCAAGCUUCUGUGAAGUCUCAACGAUAGCGCGUAGAGAAAGAAAGAAAUGGACAGUCACUGAUGAUCUUGUGCUCAUUAGCGCAUGGCUAAACACGAGCAAAGACCCUGUGGUGGGCAAUGAGCAGAAAGCAUGUGCAUUCUGGCAGCGCAUUGCAGUGUACUUUGCAGCAAGUCCGAAGGUGGAAAGAGGUGAAACCCGAGAGGCCAUUCAGUGCAAGCAAAGGUGGCAGAAGAUGAAUGAUCUUGUGUGCAAGUUUUGUGGAGCUUAUGCGGCUGCAACAAGACAGAAAACAAGUUGCCAGAACGAGGCUGAUACUGUUAAACUUGCACACGGAAUCUUCUACAAUGAUCACAAGAUUAAAUUUAAUCUUCACCAUGCUUGGGAGGAGCUCAGAAAUGACCAGAAAUGGUGUGAAAUUGCUAGUUCCAAGAUUGAUGGAAGCGGAAAGAAGAGAAAGUACGACGAUGGUGCACAAUCUGAAAGCUCUCAAGCAACUUCCAAUCUCGGAGAUCAACCAACGAAUCGUCCUCCUGGUGUCAAGGCUGCGAAAGGAGCAUCUGGUAAGAGAAGUAUAGCGGAUCACCAGGCUGUCACUCACUUUCAGACCAUGUGUUCUAUUAAGGAGAAAGAUUUGGCGGUUAAGGAGAAAGAUUUGGCGGUUAAGGAGAAAGAUUUGGCGGUUAAGGAGAAAGAUUUGGCGGUUAAGGAGAAAGAUUUGGCGGUUAAGGAGAAAGAUUUGGCGGUUAAGGAGAAAGAUUUGGCGGUUAAGGAGAAAGAUUUGGCGGUUAAGGAGAAAGAUUUGGCGGUUAAGGAGAAAGAUUUGGCGGUUAAGGAGAAAGAUUUGGCGGUUAAGGAGAAAGAUUUGGCGGUUAAGGAGAAAGAUUUGGCGGUUAAGGAGAAAGAUUUGGCGGUUAAGGAGAAAGAUUUGGCGGUUAAGGAGAAAGAUUUGGCGGUUAAGGAGAGAGUUUCGAAGAUGUCUUUGCUUGACAGUCUCAUUUCCAAAAAAGAUUCACUUUCUGAAGCUGAAAAAGCUCUAAAGCAGAAGUUACUAACGGAGAUGCUUAGUAAUUAG